AUGGACAGCUCCCUCCACGCCACGCUCGGCCUUGUGCUCGGCUGCUGCCUGUGGGGCGCGUGGGGCCAGGAAAAGAUCCAUGUUCCCAAUGGGGGGAUGUGGGGCACGUGGGGUGAGGAAGAGUCCUGCCCUGGCAACAGCUUCGCCGUUGGGUUCUCCCUGAAGGUGCAGUGGCCCCGGCACGCCAGGGACAACACGGCGCUGAACGGCAUCCGGCUGCUCUGCUCCAAUGGACGCACCAUCCAGUCCAACGUGGGGCCGUGGGGCUGGUGGGGCCGAGUGAAGAAAUGCCCCUCGGGGCAGCGGCUGACCCAGUUCCGGCUGCGGGUGGAGCCCUGCCGGGGCCUCAAGGACGACACGGCCGCCAACAACAUCGAGUUCGUCUGCACGGGCGGGGCGGAGCUGAGGGGCCACGGGGGGCGCCGGGGCAAGUGGGGCCCCCAGAGCCGCUCCUGCCGCCGUCGGGGCAUCUGCACCAUCGCCACCAAGGUGCAGGCCCCCCAGGGCAAAGGGGACGACACGGCCCUGAACGACGUCUACUUCAGAUGCUGCAGGCCCGAAACCCUGCCCACCACCACAACCCUGCCCCCCAUCACCUCAGCCCAGCCCCCCAUUACCUCAGCUCAGCCCCCCAUCACCUCAGCUCAGCCCCCCAUUACCUCAGCCCAGGCCCCCAUCACCUCAGCCCAGCCCCCCAUUACCUCAGCUCAGCCCCCCAUCACCUCAGCCCAGCCCCCCAUUACCUCAGCUCAGCCCCCCAUCACCUCAGCCCAGCCCCCCAUUACCUCAGCUCAGCCCCCCAUUACCUCAGCCCAGGCCCCCAUCACCUCAGCCCAGCCCCCCAUUACCUCAGCCCAGCCCCCCAUCACCUCAAUCCAGCCCCCCAUCACCUCAGCCCAGCCCCCCAUCACCUCAAUCCAGCCCCCCAUCACCUCAACCCAGCCCCUCUCCACCUCAACCCAGCCCCCCAUCACCUCAACCCAGCCCCCCAUCACCUCAGCCGAACCCCCCAUCACCUCAGCCGAACCCCCCAUCACCUCAGCCCAGCCCCCCAUCACCUCAAUCCAGCCCCCCAUCACCUCAGCCCCGCUACUCCCACUCCCCACCCGCCCCGAACCCGGCUCCCAGCUGCUCCCCCGCCGGCCCCCGUGCGUGUGA